GUACACGGACAUGAGCCCUGGUAUCAGUCCGUGUCCUAACCCCGCAAGGAACAGCAGACGCCCUACAGUUUCACUACUCCGGUGUUGGUGGGAGGGAACAAAGUGGCUGAGUGCCGUGAUGUGGCUGCUUGUCCUGCUGGUGUGUGUGGCUAUUGCGGCGGGCGAAGGCGAUGAUGUCUGUUCCCGGGAUUCGCCAGGCUGUGACGGAGUUGGUGUGGCUCACUUGCCUGUGGGCUACACACAAAUAUACAGCGUUGAAGGAUUCUGGGCCCUGAACUUGCUCGGCGACGUGAUGCGGCCACGGACGGCAAGCACCGCGGUGGACGUGCGAGGGCGGGCUGGCCUGACGCGCGUGUCUCGAUGCAGGCUGAAAAUCGAUCUCUGGAAUGUCUCGUUCAGUGAUUGGCAAGAGGCUGAGGUUGAGGUGGUCGAGAGCUGGGUGGUGGUGAGCGGGGGCACCUUGCAGGCUGUGUGCAGGCCGUCCGGGGCCGCCAGGACGAGGUUGUCCGGCCACCUGCACGCCCUGGCCCGCGGCGUGGUGUCUUCCGUCAUGAAUGUGGUUCCUGAGCUCGGCGGCCACUCUGUAACAGCUUACGAGGGUGAUGAGCAUGGCCAUUGCACCACCCACUACCAGGUGACCCGGGCAUGGGCUGGAGGCAGGGAGGUGGUGCGGACCAAGGACCUGGCAGCAUGUGGCAGGAGGGAGGCAGGGGUGAGGCCUCUCUCCAUCAUGACAGACAAUGCUACCCUGAACUGCCACCAGCAAUACACCGAUGAUGGAAAGGGUAAAACGCUGCAUCAUGUGUUCUGCCAACAGACUCUGACACUUCCCUCUGUGGCAGUUAUGAACUCCAACCUCACACUCAGCCUCCUCCAGACCCAUCCUCUCAGGCCUCAUUCACUCAGAACAGGUACCAUGCAGGAACUCAACCUAGAGAUGGAAGUGAAGUCUAGGAUGCCUUUGCCAGAUCAAAAGACAAAAGCUUACAACCUGCUCAGUCAGAUGUGUGAUGAGCUGAGCAGGAGAAUAACAUCCAAGGCUGCUCUUUUGUAUCCCAGUCUGGUGGAGGUGUUGGGGGAGCUUGAGCUGGAGACACUUCUGCAACUGUACCAACAGAUCAACAAUGGAAGACUAUGUCCACAUCACCAGAGACUCAGGGGUGUGUUUUCUGGUGCUUUACGGGACUCCUCCACUCCCAAUGCAGCAGCAGCCAAGUGUUCCUUGAUAACCGAUGGCCUUGUCAGGUCUUCUUCCAGCUGGGCUUUGUCUCUAGCCAAUGUCAAGCAACCAACCCCAGAGGCCUUAUAUGCUUGUGCUGGUCUUCUAACAACUGACCACUGGGAUACCUCGGAAGUCUUGGGUCUUGCAGCUAUGGCAGGGCAUGCAACAUGUAAUGGGGAUGAAGAGUGCUCUGUUGUAGAGGCUGCAAGGAGGAUUGCCCACCGCUUAAGAGGAAAGUUAACCUAUUGUCCAGACCAGGAACACCAGAAUCAAGUGUUGCUGGCAAUUCGAGGCCUUGGGAAUAUGAAGCAGUAUGGGCAUGAGGUGGAGACUGGUCUACAAUUAUGUGGUGGCAACACACGAGCACCAGACUCUGUUCGUGUGGCAGCUAUCACAGCACUUGGCCGGGGUCCUUGCUCCUCACAGGUAGUGAAUUGGCUCAAGUGGGAAUUGCUCAACGAAACUUUGUCUCCUGAGAUACGCAUCACAGCCUUCCAGUCACUCAAGCAAUGCAGUGAGGAGGAGGCAGAGGCAGUAGCCACUCUUAUCACUCAGAGGGAUUCACAUCCACAAGUGAAAUCUUAUGUGAGUGACUUCCUGAGUGACGGGACGACCAGCCAGGGCACCCACGAGUUUUCCCGCCACCUGGUAGCCAACUUCACUGCUCUCCUGGGGCUGCCAGACACUUACCUUUACACAGAUACUGUAUUUCAAGACUCAUUUUUGCCUCGCAGCAUUGGAUUAAACUUAUCCUCACCUCUGUUGAAGCAUGUUGGAGGAAGCAUUCAGCUUGGGGCUCGACUGGAGAAUUUGGAGGAUUUGCUGGAGGCCACUUUUGGCCCGAAGGGUGUGGCUGGAGACAAUGUGGAGGCCUGGCUUUCAGCUCUUGUGAUGAAAGUCCAACAGAUAUUUACCGUGGCUUCACAAGACUUCACUCAGAGUCAUGAGAGAACCAAAAGAAGUUACUCACUCACAGAUGUCAUUCAUCUUCUUGAUAGGGUUCAGCAUGAUGCAGUGACUGUGUUGCGGGGUUGGAUGUCAGCUGGCCUUGGUGGUCAAGAGCGGUUGUUUUUUCCCUACAUAGUAGAACCACUGACCCUGCACUGGGAGGAGUUAUUCACAUCAUGGGUCGAAGAUCUCCUCGAGACAGCAUAUUCUUCACUCCUUAAUUCAAAUGUUGAACUAACAACAUCAUGGGCUGAGGUGGAGGAGCAGGUGCUGGUGUGGAAUCUGGUGGGCACCCCAAUAGAGUUGUGGCAGCAGGAAGGUGGUCUCGUCUCUGUGAGUGCUUCUUCAAAGGUCGAUCUUCUGAGCCUCCUUACCAACCCCCAAGCUUCUACUCUCAAGAUUGGCCUAGGACCCAGCAUGGGACUGUACUCAAGGCUUGGCUUGAGUCUGAAUAGUCUCUCAGGAAAGGUUGUGGCAGCAACCACCACACAGACGUCUGCAGCUGGUGAUGUCUCAGCUGUCCUCACACUACAGGGCAGUGACAGAGUUGACGUGAAGGUUGACCUCCCCCACUCAUCUUUCCACGGCUACUCCAUCCAAAUCACCCAGAGCCUGGAGUUACCUGAGCAUGGUAGAAGUAACCAUGAGGAGGAGGUAGAAGAGGAGGAGGUUCAUGGUACUUUUAAUGAGAUAGAAAACAGUUCUACAUGUUUUGAAGAAGGAGACACCCUAGCUGAUAGUGCUGUGGUUGGUGAAAGAGAAAGGGUGCUGCUGGUAGAGCAGUCUUGUGGAAGAGCCCUUGACACAGCACUGGGCAUAAAGACUGGCCAGUUGAAACAGUGGACUGUGAGCCAACAUGCUGUAGCUUUAAAGUCUUAUGGUUUCCUCCGGAAGAGAGAAGGGAUCACCGGGUACAGAAUAAUGAUUUCUUGGAAAAAUCCAGGCAUGAAGUCACUUUUCCUUGAUACCUCUAUUGAAGCUGAAGGCACAGCUGGAGAGUAUAAGGCAGGUCUGGUGCUAGGGCUUACAUAUGGCCCACACUAUUCUUGUAAAGUUCUGCUUCAGAGCAGAGAAUAUUCUGCCUCUGCUGAAGCAACUCUGGUGAAUGACCCAAACUUAAAGCGCAUUGACGGUCAUGUUGGCUAUCAGGGAAUCCACUAUGGGCUAAAGGCAGAGUUGCUCAUGGUGCAAAAUGGAGGCCAUGUGAGUGUGAAGCCCAGACUGGUGGUAAGCUACCCUGGCAUGCAGGAAGAUGCUCUGCUGGAAGGGUACCUUGCCCGAUACUUUUCCGAUAAGGUCACCAGUGUUACUAUUGAUUUAUACACAGAGGGAUCCCUGAAGACUUAUCUUGAUAUUACUCUUAAAGGCACAGCUGAGGUUAAACACACAACUAAUGGCACCAAAACUGUGACCCUUGAGAAUGUACAGUUUUCCUCCCAGCAUCUGUCUCUUGGACUGGAGUCUACACUUUCUUGGGGAGACAGGGGGGCUGAAGGAAGAGUGGAGAUCAAGUGGGGAGGGCAGGUGGUAAAAGUGGAUGGGAGUGUCAUUCACCUUGAGGGAACAGGUAAAUCUGGGGAGGAGCAGGUCUAUCAGUUGAGUCUCCAAGUCCUACUACCGAGCCACCCACACCUCACCACCAGCAUCCAGUGCCUCACCAAGACUCAUGACUCUCAGAUGAUGAAUAAUCUGACCAUAAUGAUGGGAUCGGAGGCAGACAGACACAGACAGUUUGAGGUGCUCCACUCUACCUCCUGGAGGGUGGCAGAAGCAGAGUCUGACCCUGAUAAUCAGUUGCCCCAAAUUGUAGCAACUCAUCAUGACCUAGCAGUUCAAGUUGAAAAUAAGCUGUGGAUCACAUCACCAGAUGCAGCUAUUGAAUGGAAAGUCGAUCAUAUAUUGGAGGUAACUGAGAGGUCUCUGGAGAACCUGGUCACUGCUGUCAUAAAUGAGGAACACCACAUAGUCAAGGCAAAAUUUUAUGACCAAACUGAAGAAGUGUUCAAGUACCACAUUGAAUUAGAGCUGAGCCUUCCUUCGUGGCACUUCAGUUAUGUGGACACACUGGAGCAGCAGGCAGGAGGGGAGGUAUUAGGCUUCAGUACCACAGUGAUGCCUUCAGGCCGAGUUUACACCACAACCACCACAUACAGGAUGGCAGCUGAAACAGCCAAACUUUUUGUUGAAAUUCACUUUGAGAUAUUGAUACAGGAUGGCACCCAGAGCUGGAACAUAAGUGGACAGCAGAUUUGCAAGUGGAAUUCCUCUGGGAUCAUCUUGGAAGCCAGUGUGAAAGCUGGUAAACUGGAUGUCUUUGGGCUGGAGAUAUCAUUGGAAGGUGCCAGCCUAGCCCAGGUUGAUUUCCAUGCAAAAACAUGGGCAAAGGAUUUGUAUGAAGGAGAGAUGGCCCUAGGGAGUGAAGACAGCAGGACCAACUUUUACUUUAACCUUCUUGUGAUUCCAUUCAACCAGGAAGUUAUCAGUAGUGUGGCUCUGGACCAUCGUCUGGAGACUGGAAGAGGUAAACUGGAUGGGAAGUUAUCCUGGGAUGUGCGUGAGGACCCCUCCAGUGCCCUCACCCUAUCCUCCGCCCUUCAGCUGCCUCACGUGGGGUCACCCCUACAGAUAAGUGGGUCUUUGUCUGUUCUUCAUUGGACCUGGGUUACUGAACUACUUGUGGACUUUGGUGAGGAAGUUGGAGACAAACACAAGGUGUCUUUUAUCUUCAUCUUGCCUGAUAAAUCAAGGUUUGAAACAGGUUCCCAGAUGGACCUAUCUUUCAGUCAGAGAAACUUUUCUGUUAUGACUGGUUUUUACCUCGUUCUGCCAGGAGGAGAUACUCAUAAUUUGUCUGUGUCGACCAAAGGGAUACUGGGACAUGAACUCAGCAAAGCAAGUCUUGGCCUGGAUAUUGAUUCUCCAAUAAGCCAAGAAAUCCAUUUUCUUGUUCAGAUUGUUAAGAAAGAAAGUGACCAUACAAGUAAUCUGGAUUUUAAGCUACAGACUCACUCAGAGGCUGAGUACUGGGAAGCCUUUUCUGUAGCAACAAAAGGUAAAUGGGAUGGACGCCAGAUGGAUGGAGUGACCAGGAUGAACUGGGGUGAUGUUGCUGUACACUUGAAUGUGUCUGGCCUUUAUGACAUUGAGGGGAAUGAACAUCAUGUGGCAGCCUUGGCAGAACUAAAGGUGCCCUCACUGCCUGCAUGGAGCCAGCUCAAGUCUUCCAUUGAAGGAAAGUUAUGUAUGGAGCAGAAUCCAUCCACUUUAAAGGUAACUCAGAUCUCGAUAGUAGAGAAAGACUAUGAGGAAGUGUUCAGCAGUCGAGGGGAAGUAUCUGUGCUAGUUCCAGAGAUAAACGGUUCACUCACAGUCUUCCAUUCAGGAAAUUAUGCCUCCAGACAGUCCUACAAUUUGAAAGGUAAAUUUACAGGACAGGAGGUGGAGAUGUCGGUGUCUGGCACAGUAGAUGGUGAGCCCAUGAAGGCAGUAAUCCACUAUGUGCACAGCAAACAGUUGAGGGUUCAUGCCAGCUACCGCAGUGAAGACUACCUCAGUCUCUCCUUUCUCACAGAGCUCCAAGACUUCCUUAUUGGUGCCAUGGAGGAGGGGGAUCCAGCUUACUCCCUCAGCACAGAAGGCCAACUAGUAGUGCUGGGCCAACACACAAAAAUGAGUCACCAUCUCUCCAUCUCUCCUUCACUGGCAUCUUCUUCAUUAAAGAUUGUUCCCAUUGAAGGAAAAGUUUUCAUGCUCAAGACAACUCGCACCAAACUUGGCCUUAACCACUGGCGCUCAGACAUCAGCCUUACCUGGGGCCAGCGUAUCUUCUCCUAUCAUGAUGAAGUCAACAUUCCCAGUCUAACAGAGUUGUCUCUCAGGAUAGAGGUGGAUGCUCCAGCCCUUCUCCUCAAUUCAGUGAUGGUAAUGGUGGAGGCAAUGGAAGAAGCUCAGGGAGGAAAGACAGUGAAACUGCUUCUUCAAAAACACAACGCAACUAUUCAUAGUGCAAGAGUGUUAUUCUACAAGUAUGUCACAAAUGGAGAAAGUGUGUGGCAGGCUGGAGCCACAGAGGUCGUGGUCAACAGCCAAACAUACCGAGACAUUAUGUUCCACCAUGCUGUCAUUCCUCUUACAUCAGGCUUGGAGGUGAAAAGCAACAUGACAGUGGGACACACACCACUGGUGAUGGUGGAAGUGCGUGUGACACCUGACACUAGGGUGCUAGUCCUGGCUCUCUGCACCACUGAUGAGGAGUGUGUGCGGGUGCAGACGCAGGCCAUGGAACAAAACACUCCCUCCACCAGAACUUUCUCCAUCUCUGUACGUGCCCUCAACUCCCUCUUUUGGAAGGAUCCUCAUGAGCCAUUUACUCAGAAUUCAGUCACUUUUCUGGCUGAGGAGACAGCUGACAGAACUUUGGUGUCAGGCGGAGUAAUCCGGCUGGAGUGUGAGGAAGUUGGCUGCUUCACCUCCACCUCAAAGGGUGUGCUGCACACUUCUUUGCUUCUCACCCACGACACUCUAGACGUGAUGGUAAACACAACCCACCGCACUAUUGUACUGGCCAGUGUGUUGAGGAAGGGUCGGGUGGAUGAGAUGCCUAAGACUAGUCUUCCUGGAGGCAUUUUGAGUGACUCCACUAUUCUGGAAAAUCAGCUGUGGCUUGACAGGGAGCACAAUCCUCAGGGUGCGAUUAACUGGACAACCAACUUAGCCGCUUAUACAUCUUCAAGAGCCUUAGAACUUGCCCUUUCCUCCUCACUCCACCAUCCAUCCUUUGCCAAGACCUUGGAUAUUAAGGGUUCCCUCAUGCUCGGAGCAGAGUCUACCAUCAGCCUCUCACUGGUGCUUGACAUUUUUUCACGGGAACAGGACGCUCUCAAGGUGGAUGUUGAAAUGCAGCAAGAGAGAGGGAAGUACAUCCUGCACAGCAUCUUAACUAUUAUGCACACAACAACACCCAUAGCUGAUGCCACAGCCAUAGUCGUGCCAUCUCCAGACAGCAGCAAAAUCAGCCUUGCAGUGGUGCUUCCAACUAUUACAUCAGCCCAGUUUCCAGCCAGAGUUUCACCAACACAGCAUUUUCAGCUCGUCUGUGGGCUGGACACAUUAGAAGACCAUACAACCCUCUCCUGCAAGCUGAUGACUCCUUCAGUACAUGAGGAAGUUAGUGUUGGGUACCAGAGAUGGGAAACAAUAGGCUGUGUGGGAGGCACUACUUCUCUGGGUCUCUUGAACCACACGCACCAGUUCCAACACAUUUCUUGCCAUGAUCCAGCAAACUUGCAGAUGAAGCUCUCGCACAGUGCUGAAGGGCGCUUGAAGGAGAAACUUUCACUAAAGCUUGGAGUUGUGGAUGUGCAUCGGGCAGAAGUGGAUCUCUUAGGUGCUGCUGGCAUUAGUGUUCAGCUGCACCCUCCCUUUCUCCUGCAUGUCUCAGCCCAUCACAGCCAGAGUUUCCACAUCCACUGGAAUCAUAUUAUAGCUAGAGCCCAAGAAGAGGUUGGUAAUCUAACAUUCAUUGCUAAGAAUGUGGUUAAAAAACUCAUGGAAGAUCUUGCAAGAACAGACAGUCUGUCACUCCUGAAUAACUCCAUUUCAACGCCCAUUCUGACCCAGCACAUCUACACCCAGGGCAUUCAGAUAUUUGAAGAAAUGCAGCAUGACCAGCUGAUGCUAGACAUAAUGCGCAGUAUUCAGGCUUCCAUUGAUGUCACCAGCAUAAUUGUUGAGGCUGGUUUUGCUUGUAUCAGUCACAACUAUGGAGAGAUUUUCCAUAAAGUAGUGACUGGGGUUAGGGUGUGGCUGGAGGCCGUCGCCACGAAAACAGGUGCCUUGUGUGUCCAGCUGAUGGAAGACAUUCAAGAAAACUUCAGCAACAUUGUUAUCUUUAUUAACAAUAUACCACACCUGCUGCUUGAUCAGGUGAUGGAGGUGCCCUUGCUGAACGAGGCGAUGGAGUGGGUGUUUGCACAGAUCCGUGUGGUUCAGGAGUCUACAGUUUAUGGUGUCAUCAGAGAAUCUCUCAGCAUUAUUACUAAGGCUGUUGACAAGGCAUUGUCUUUAGUAUUCUCUGAGGAAGCAACAUUAUCAAACAAGAAAUAUAGUGAAGUAUGGAACAUCUGGGUUCCUAUAGGUGAAUGUGGUCACUCGCUGCUUGAAGUGUGGCAUCACAUAAGUGGCCCGUCUAAGUGGGUGCCACACAGGGAGUUUUUGAGCACAGCUCUUCUGAAGUGGUGGCAUCUUCUCACACACCCUUUGCAGCUCCUUAAAUACCUUUCCCCUCCUUACCCAGGGGAAGGAGCCAUUAUUGGAGACAACUAUUUUAUAACCUUUGAUGGCAGGACCUUCAGUCUGACCCCUUCAUGCAAGCACAUCUUACUCACAGAUUCCAAGCAACAACUCUUCACUCUUUUGUCUCAACAACAAGAUGCCGCCUCUGGCACCAAGUACACUCUGCUGCUGGGGAACACAUCCAUUAAUGUGCUGUCAGACUUACAGGUCACCAUAGAUGGUGCCUCUGUCAACUUACCACACAUUAGUAGAACCAUAAGUGUGGUGCGUCGCCUUCACGAACUGGAGGUGACUGCCAAGGAUGCAAGAGGAUAUGACUUGGUUAGUCUCACGUGCUGGUUGGAGCAGCGAGCAUGUGUGGUGAGCGUAAGUGGCUGGCUUCAUGCUGACACUAGAGGGCUAUUGGGCAACUUCAACCUUAAUCCAGCUGAUGACUUCAUGAGACCAAGUGGAAAGGUUGCUCUAAGUAGAGACGUCUUCAGUGAGAGUUGGCAGCUAGACUCAAACUGUGUACCUGAGAGAGACGUUCCAAUGUCUGCAACCCUCCCCCACACUCAGCUGUUGUGUCGCAAGUUUCUCCUUCAUUACACUGCUCCAGUCUUUGCCUGCCAUGAAGCUGUGAACAUCAUGCCAUUCUACAACACUUGUUUGAAGUACUUGAACUCUUUACGAGGUGACGGACACGUGUCCAAGGCAGAGGAAAGCAACACACAUCAUGACAGUGAAGUUAAAGACACAGGACAUUUUGUUCCAUCAGCCUCAGAGCCUCCCAGUGCCAAUACACCACAGAACAACAUGAAAGCAGAAAGGAUUAACCACAGCAAUAGCACUAUCUAUGAAAUAAACAUAAAAGAUGUCCUCUUCCAGUUAACUGAGGAACAAAGUGUGUUUACUGGUGCCUCUCUACAGGAAAUCUCAGUGUUGUGUGAUGUGGCUGCAGCAUAUGCAUCCUCCUGCAGCAGGCACAGAGUUGAAUUACAUCUGCCUGCUCUUUGUGAAAAAGGAAGGCAGUUGACUUAUGAGGAGCCCCUGUCACGUGAGCCACAGCUUGACCUGGUGAUGCUCAUCAAUGAGGAAUCAUGUGACUCCUUCAUUUACCAAAACUUGGUGCGUCCACUGCCACAGGUCAUCACAAGGGUUUCUCAGGGAAAGAAUAUCAGCAAUAUCCAAAUUGGUGUGUUGGGCUUUGGGUCGGGUAAUGGAGAAGUGGUGUACCGCACUAAAGGCACGGCUCUUCUAACCCCGGCUACUGAACUGAGAAUCCUUCGGCCCCCAGAAGGUCAACGCUCUCAGGCAUCCCUCCUCAGUGGAAUGAGAGCAAUAAGCAAGUUUCCUUUUCGAGCAGGAUCUGUGCGCAUCGCCCUUGUUCUGCGUUGUGAUGACCACGACAUUCCUAAGUUCACCGAGACAUUACCCAAGGAGAUGCAAAGGAGACGUCUAGCUCUGUUCACCCUCACCCCUAACGUCCUAAUGUUCAACCCCCGCCGCCCUAAGGCUGUCCGUAACACGAUAGGAAUGGAUCGAUGGAGGGUGUACAAUCUGCGUCUGGACCGCCAGCACUCCUCAGACUCCUGGGGUAUUAGAGCACCAAGCUCCAACAUUGCUCAGCUAGCUAUGAAGAGUGGUGGAGGAGUGUUCUCUCUAUCUGCCUUGCGGAAUGAUGAACGGGCAAGGUACCACAUGAAGCUAUUCCGGAGGGUCCUCAGCAAGGCCAUCAUCAAGGUAGUGGUGAAUGCACACAGACAGAGGCUGUAACCUUGAGUCAGACAACUUGUGUUUCACCUCACUACUUUUGUCUCACCAACAUCUACAAGAUAGUUGAUGUCAGUAACUGAAAGGUAAUGCUGUAAAUAGCUGUUUGGAGUAGUAGUGGAAUUUUAUAGAAUGGUGUCCUCUUUGUGGGCAACCUGCACAGUAUGUAGUUUGGUAACAAUAACCAAGUAUGAGGUAAGAGAAACAGUAUGUAUGAAUAGAAAUGGUUUUAUAGAACUAAGGUAAUUGUAUAAAUAUAUUAAUUCAGAUUAAUCAUAUGGCAAAGCCACUGCACCCUUUGUAAUGAAAUCUUGUAGAUACCUCAUAUUUACUUAUUGCAUCAAUAUUUGCAUGUUUAAUUUUAGCAGGUUUGUGACAGGAAUAAAGUUUUAAAAUUAAAGUAUAUGCCAAAAAUUAACAUAGUGAAGUACAUAUACAUAGUUACCUUCCCUAAACAUUCACCAAACAGCCACUGAUCAUAUAGCGGUGCAAAAAGUCAGCAUGAGAGUAUGUAUUACAUCACUAAAACACAGUGGGACUCAUUUUGCAAGUUUUCUAAUCAUAUUCAGUGUGAUGGCUUAUAAUCAUCAUAAGCAUCUCGGUUACUAAACUUUUUAUAGAAAAUCAAAUGAUAGGAAGUCAUAACCUUAUAAUGGCUGACAGCCAACUACCUACUAAGUUCAAUAAGGCUAAAUAAAUAAGAAUGUUUUAGUUUUCUGCUGUAUUCAGUAUUUUAUGUUGCAAUAACUUAUUUUGUCCAACAUCAUACCACUGAUUUCAAUAAUAAAUAAAAAUUACCCCACUUG